AUGAGCAAAACAAAGGAGCUGAUCAUGGACAACAGGAAAUGUAAGGCCCACAUUCACAUCGACAGGGCUGUAGUGGAGCAGGUCGAGACCUUCAAGAUCCUCGAGGAGCAGAGAUCGAGCCCCCAGGAGAACAACCACAGAAUAGAACACCUAGAGAGAUAUGAGAUUACAUAUCCACACUGGCUGCAGCCUGCAAGACACAGGAGGUCCAUACAUGGAGAGAAGCAGCACCCGUCUGAGGCAGAGGUCCUCAUCACAGCUGAGGGAGAGGAGAUGACCCUCCGUCUGCACAGGAAUGAGCAGUUAUUGGCCCCCGGAUAUCAGGAGAUAUGGUACAGUCCCAGCGGUUCCCGCCAGACCUCCUAUCCACCCAGCACUGGCCACUGUUUCUACCAUGGUGACGUCCGGGGUGUGGAGGGGUCCAGUGUAGCACUCAGCACCUGCUCAGGUCUCAGGGGACUGGUUACGGUGAACACCAGUGUCAGCUACCUGAUAGAACCCCUGCCCGCUGUCACCAUGGAUACACAGCCUCCUCACGCCGUGUUCCGAGCCGAGAACCUCCGUUUGCCCAACGGAACCUGCGGGCAACGCCAUAGCAACCAGGGCCAGGGGGAGGGGCUGGGUGACCUCAUCCAGGGAAUGAUGUCACCGUGGGGCGGAAGGGAGCGUAGAGACGUGGGCCAGAGUAUGAAGUAUGUAGAGCUGCUGCUGGUAGCUGACCAUGCUGAGUUUCAGAAGCACGGCGGGGACUUAAAUCGAACGAAAAGGAAACUGCUGGAGGUGGCUAACUACGUAGACAAGUACUACAAGUCUCUAAGUAUUCGUGUGGCAGUGAUCGGUCUGGAGGUGUGGUCUGAUCAGGACAGGAUCAGUGUGUCUGGUAACCCCUACAGUACCCUGGGAGCUUUCCUGGCCUGGAGACGCAAACAGCUACACACACUAGCUAACGACAACGCUCAACUCAUCACGGGCGUGGCGUUUCAGGGCACCACCAUUGGGCUGGCCCCUCUCAGAGCCAUGUGCUCAGAGUACCAGUCAGGGGGAGUCAACUCAGACCACUCUGACAGUGCUGUGGGAGUGGCAGCGACCGUGGCCCACGAGAUGGGGCAUAACUUUGGCAUGAGCCACGACAGCCCUGGGUGCUGCCAGGCCAAGGCUGAUGAUGGAGGCUGCAUCAUGGCUGCUGCCACUGGCCACCCGUUCCCGCGUGUGUUUAAUGGCUGUAACCAGCGGGAUCUGAGCAGGUAUCUGAGCUCUGGAGGGGGGAAAUGUCUGUUCAACCUCCCCAACACCAGAGCCAUGCACGGGGGGCAGCGCUGUGGGAACGGGUACCUGGAGGAUGGAGAGGAGUGUGACUGUGGAGAUGAGGAGGAGUGUUCCAGUCCCUGCUGUAAUGCCAACAACUGUACUCUGAAGGCUGGAGCAGAGUGUUCCCACGGAGUCUGCUGUCACAACUGUAAGUUGAAGAGUCCAGGUGUGUUGUGUCGUACUCCAUCCGGGUCAUGUGACCUACCUGAGUACUGUGAUGGGAAGGCGGAGUCUUGUCCUUCUAACUUAUACCUGGUGGAUGGUACUUCCUGUGCCGGGGGGCAGGCCUACUGCUACACCGGCAUGUGUCUCACCCUGGAGCAGCAGUGUCAAUCACUCUGGGGGCGGGACGGCCGUGCUGCUCCAGACCUGUGCUUUAGGAAGGUGAACGAGGCAGGAGACUCCUUUGGGAACUGUGGCAAAGACCUGCUGGGUAAAUACAGAGUAUGCAGAGACAGGGAUGCUAGAUGUGGUAAGAUCCAGUGUGUGAGUUCAGCCUCCAAGCCCCUGGAGACUAACGCUGUUCCCAUCGACACCACGGUCCGAGUGGGUAACGGGAAGAUCCUCUGUAGGGGGACACACGUUUACCGACCAGGCCAGGGGGGCGAGGAACAGGGGGACACACUGGACCCAGGACUGGUCAUGACUGGGACCAAGUGUGGCGAGGACUCGAUCUGUUUCGGAGGAGAGUGCCGCAACGCGUCUUUCCUGAGGGCGGAUGAGUGCAAUGCCAAGUGCCACGGCCAUGGGCUGUGUAACAACAAUCACCACUGCCACUGUGACUCAGGCUGGGCCCCUCCCCUGUGUGACCAGGAGGGGACAGGAGGGAGUGUCGACAGUGGCCCUGUCAUUAACCACAUCCCUGCUGAAGCCAAACAUCUACAAGCCAACAGUCUUGCCAACGGUCACCUUGCCAACAGUCUUGCCAACGGUCACCUUGCCAACAGUCUUGCCAACAGCCAUGCCAACCCUACCUUCCUACUGAAGAGACAGGGCUCAGACAGGCUGAGUCAGACCACACCUUGCCCCAGCCUCUCCACCAGGCACCCUGUCUUCUGUCCCACAGUUAAACCCCCUCCCAUACCUGCUUACAUAGCCCAGCAGAGACAGGCUCUAUCCCAGCCCCAGCCCCAACCCUCUGUCCAUCCCCAGCCUCAACCCUCUGUCCAGCCCAAGCACCAACCAUCCCUCCAGCCCAAGCUCCAACCAUCCCUCCAGCCCAAGCUCCAACCAUCCCUCCAGCCCAAGCCCCAACCCUCUCUCCAGCCCCAGCCUCAACCCUCCCCCCAGCCCCAGCCCAAGCCUAAACCUCCUCCCAUCCCCAGCCACCUAGCCCAGCAGAAAGGAUCCCUCCAGCCCCUUCAUCCAGCCAUCCUGCCCCCCAGCCCCCAGUCCUCCCCCUCAACACCUCACACACACAGACCUGACCCCCCCAACAGACCCCCACCCCCCUGCCCGCUCUCCAAACCCCAAAUAUCAUCAGAUGUGUUACAGAGAGGAAAGUUCAAUCUGGCGCCACCUGGUGGACAGAAGAAACCCAGCAGGUAA